AUGGCACGUGCUAAUAAUUAUACAGGCUACGAGCAAAAUGUUAAAGAGAGCUGUGCUUUCGCGUGGACGAUUAAAAAUAAUGAUUUUAAUAAACGUGGAUAUUUAGAAUCGCCAAUAUUCGGUACCGAGAUCAGUGAUAAACAAUUUUAUUUGACAUUGAUCCCUGCGAUACCGGUUGAUGAAACGGGCACUUGUUUGAACAUCAAGACCAAAAGUUUAUAUUUAUGCAGCAAAAACAUAGCUAAAACAUUAUUGUGCAAGUAUAAGUUAAAUAUUUUUGUCGAUGAACAAAAUGUUCAUUCAAGCGAGGAUUACAUCAUCAUCGACGAGAAUAAGUAUCCAAUAAUUUUACCGUCCGCCAUUAAUAAAUACAACGACGUUUUUUCACGAGGACGAAAAAUAAUUAUCGAAUGUGCAUUGACAUUGUCCAAAGGAAAUCUAAUGUCUUUUUUAGACUCUGAAUCUACGAUCAGCAAAAAGAUACCUAAACCAAACUUCGGCUGGAUAUUUCUCGAUGAAAAAUUUAGCGAUAUUGUGCUACAAACUGCAGGUGGAAAAGUAAUUCAUGCUCACAGGCUAGUGCUCGCUACAGCCAGUCCAGUAUUCAAAGACAUGAUGAGCAACGUCGAACAAAACCAAUCGAUUAACAUGAUGGAUAUCAGUUAUGAAGUUGCAGUGGAAAUGCUACGAUACAUCUACACAGGUGACGUUGAAAGUGGUGAAAUUUCUUUGACUAUUGAGCUUUUGUCAGCCGCUGACAAGUAUCAACUAGAACAUUUGAAAAAUAAGUGUGAACGAACAUUAGGCUCCAAUUUAUCGACAGGAAAUGCCGUUCUGAUUCACGAGAUAGCCGUGAGAUGCAAUAUGGAUUGUUUGAAACAAAAAGCAGCUGAUUAUAUCAAAUUAAAAAUUAAAAAACUUUAA